ACUUCCCAUGUAUGUACUCCACGCUGUUUACUUAAAAGUUACGACCUACGUGUGUUAACAGUAUUUUCCUGGUGUUUUUUCUAGUAAAUCAUGGAGAAAAAACACUCCAAUUCAUCCAGGAAGAAACCGAAGCCUGCUAAGAUGAAAGACGGCACGGACCCGGUCAAAAACUUUCAGAAAUGGAAGAAAAAAUACGAUAAGACGAAAGCACGAGUGAAGCGAGAGAGAGCUCAGAAGAAGAAACCCGAGUGGCAAGUGGAGAGGGAGUACAUCCAGAAGCUGGUCAGCAGAUACAGCGACAUAAACGGCAAGGAUGUGGUUAAAUUCUCCGAUUUUCCCAUUUCAAAGAAGACAUUGUUAGGUUUGCAGGAGGCUCAGUACAGGCAGCCCACAGAAAUCCAGAGGCAGACUAUCGGCUUCGCCCUGCAGGGAAAAGACGUCCUCGGCGCGGCCAAGACUGGCUCUGGGAAGACAUUAGCUUUCCUCAUACCGGUGUUGGAGUGUUUGUACCGGCAGCAGUGGACCUCCAUGGACGGCCUGGGGGCCCUCAUCAUAUCCCCCACCAGAGAACUCGCCUAUCAGACUUUUGAGGUGCUCCGCAAGGUGGGGAAGAACCACGAGUUCUCAGCGGGGCUCAUCAUUGGCGGAAAGGACGUGAAGAGCGAGUGUGAGCGGAUCCACCGUACCAACAUCGUCAUCUGUACUCCAGGCCGAUUGCUCCAGCACAUGGAUGAAACUGCCACCUUCCACGCCUCUGACCUUCACAUGCUAGUACUGGAUGAGGCAGACCGUAUCCUGGACAUGGGCUUUGCAGAUACUCUCAACGCCAUCGUAGAGAACCUACCCAAGACCCGGCAGACGCUGUUGUUCUCCGCCACGCAGACCAAGUCGGUCAAAGACCUGGCCCGUCUCAGCCUCAAAGACCCAGAGUAUGUGUGGGUCCACGAGAAGGCCAAGUUCAGCACCCCAGCCACCCUGGAGCAGAACUAUGUGGUGUGCGAACUUCACCAGAAGGUCAGCAUGCUCUACUCGUUCAUCAGGAGCCACUUAAAGAAAAAGAUCAUUGUGUUUUUUGCCUGUUGUAAGGAGGUGCAGUACCUAUUCAGGGCCUUCUGCCGUCUCAGGCCUGGCAUCCCAGUCCUGGCCCUGCACGGCAAGCAGCAGCAGAUGAAGAGAGUGGAGGUGUACAACGACUUCCUGAAAAAGCAGAAUGCUGUGCUGUUUGCCACCGACAUUGCUGCCAGAGGCCUGGACUUUCCUGCCGUCAACUGGGUGCUGCAGUUCGAUUGUCCGGAGGAUGCAGACACAUACAUCCACAGGGUGGGCCGCACCGCCAGGUAUAAGGAGGGGGGAGAGGCCCUGCUGCUGCUGCUCCCGUCAGAGGAGAAGGGUAUGAUCACCCAGCUCCAGGACAAGAAGGUUCCCAUCAAUAAGAUUCAGGUGAAUCCUGACAAGCUGCAGAAUGUUCAGGAGAAGUUGCAGGCGUUCUUGGCCCAAGAGAAGGAGCAGAAGGAACGAGCUCAGAGGUGUUUCGUUUCCUACCUGCGCUCCGUCUACCUGAUGAAGAACAAAGAUGUGUUUGACGUCUUUAAAAUCCAGCUCCACGAGUACGCACUGUCUCUGGGCCUCGCUGUAGCUCCGAGGGUGAGGUUCUUGAACAAAGCACAGGCCCAGAGAGCUGAAAGGAAAGACAGGGCUGAGGAGGGGGAGGAUGAGGAGCGAUCGGAUGAAGAGCAGGAGCUCAAGAGCUUUAAGGCCCAGCUGAAAGGAAAUGUUCCACAGUCCAGCCAGAGUUCUGAAUCUGAAGAGUCCUCUGAUGGUGAGGAAAGUGAUGAGGAAGAAGCAGUGAAACAUGCCAGGAAGCUCCUCCUGGGUGCAGAUGAGGAGGAGGACGGCGGAGAUGAUGAUGAUGAUCUAAGGGACUUGGAUCUUCUGACGUUAAAAAGAAAAGAUGUCUUCAGGCUGACUGGAGACGACGAGGGCGACAACCAGCCGGAAAAUAGUUCUAAGAAGAAAACUGACAAAGAGACAAAGUUCAAAGAGGCUAAAAAGAUCCUCAAGAGAAAUUUCAAAGUGAACACCAAAGUAACGUUUAGCGAAGAAGGUGACGCCAUGCAGCUGUGGCCACCCAUACAGCGCACAGCAACAGCCGGCAAUGACGAAGAGGUGGAGGAAGGAGAGGAAGAGACCUCCGGGAUCAACGUGGAGAAGGCCAGAGAGAGGCUGAAGCGUGAGGACCAGGAGUUCGACAAACAGGAGUACAGCCGCAAGGUGAAGGCCAAAAAACGGGAGAAGAGGCUGAAGGCCAAGGCGGCCAGGAGGGAGGCCAGCAAGAGGGAGGGGCAAAAAUCAGACGAGGAUGAAGAGGACGAGGUGGUGGCGUACCUGGCCAAUGACAGCGAGGAUGAGUUUGACCCCAGCAGCCUGCCCGACCCCGACAAAAUACGCUCAGACGACAACGACGAGGAAGAAGAGGAGCAUGAGGAGAGUGACCAUCCAACAAAACGGCAGCUCAGUAGUGACGGAAGCGAUGAGGAAGAAGAGCAGUCCACAGCCAGGAAGAGGAAGAGGGUGAGACAGGAGGAGGAGGAGCACAAAGCACUGGACACUGGCUUGUCUCUGGCUGAAGAUGAAGAGUUAGUCUUACAGUUACUGGGAGGACGGAGGUAGAAACUACAGACAUAAUGAACAGUCAGAUAACGAGGCUCCGAUGUUUCCCUUAAUGGUUAUAAACUCCACGUUUAGUUUGGAAUACAGAGGUCCUUUAUACAGUACAAUUCCAAGCCUCUUCAUUUUCUCUGCUGGGGCAAAUGUGUGUUAUGUGCUAUACAGGGCGUAUCAAAAAAAAAAAAAUAGACAUUUUGAAAAAUUACCUCCAGUUCCACAUUUGAUAUUUUUUUGAAUUUUCUUUAAUGGAUGUUGGUAAGGUAGGGGAUUGGUGGAUAUUUGUC